CGGCUCGCGCUGCGUGCGGAUCUCCAGCACUAAACCAGAAGGAAUAUUUCUGCAAAUGUCACUGAACUCCCUUAUCUACAGCAAACCCGCGAAGGCGAAUGCAGAGGAGAUCUCAGAAGACAGAGAGGAGAAAUGCUUGCAAGCUGAUGGGCAUUUUGAUGUUGGGUACAGCCCCCUGGAUGCUCUCAGCACAGGUUGUACUCUAAAGGGAUUAUGCCCGCUGUCCUACAAUGCUGCUACCCUCAGGUUGGCUGCUUCGGCACUCCGUGGUCAUGUGGUUGCUGUUUCACAGCUUAGUGCUGAUGACACUGUGUUUCCACCAUGCUGCAACUUCCUGCUCCAAACGCUGCUACUGUUCGGACAGUGAGGGCUCAUUUGGUGGUAAGACUAUGCGCUGCAGCAAUCUGCAUCUUACUGAGAUCCCUCAGGACAUUCCCAAUGACACACGACGCCUCUACCUGGACUACAACCUCCUGACCAGCAUCCCUGCCAAUGCCUUUAAUGAUCUUCCACUGCUAGCUGAACUGGAUCUUUCCCAUAAUGAACUAGCUUUGCUUGAACCUGGAGCCUUUAGAGGCUUGGCAGGCUCUCUACAAUUUCUGGAUCUCUCGUCCAACCAGCUCACGACACUGGACCCAGAUGCCUUUGAAGGUGUUAGAGCAAGAUCCAACCUCACUGGAAACCCCUGGCACUGUGACUGCAGGCUGCAGACAGCCCUUCCACGCCUAGACCUAGAGCCUGUGUCUUUGACUGGCAUUAUCUGUGAGACAUCUGAACCCUCAGACUCUGGAGCCCAAGGCGUGCCUUUCCUGCUGGCCAAAGACCUGGACCUGUGUGUGGUGCUCAAAAAGACCACGGACGUGGCCAUGUUGGUGACCAUGUUUGGAUGGUUCACCAUGGUCAUCUCCUACCUGGUCUACUAUGUGAGACACAAUCAGGAAGAUGCCAGGCGCCACCUGGAGUAUCUCAAGUCUCUGCCCAGCAGGCAGGGCAAGUCUGAGGAGUCUUCCACCAUCAGCACUGUGGUAUAGUACCAGGCCAAGUGCUCAUGACAUGUGGAGGAAGCUUCUCAGGCUGCCAAAAGGCAAUGGCACACUGGACAAUGGGCUACCUGUCUCUAAAGUUUAAAAUUGAUUAAACAUGUAGAAAAACAAAGAAUAAUGGCUUUGUAUCCCUUGAAUCACAGACCACUCACUUCAAGGUACCACUCAGGAUUGAUCAGUACCCUCCCUAAGAACCAGAAAGAACUUCUGACAUAGGAUGCUUUGUGGUCAGUGGAUUGCAAUGUUCACAACAGGGAAAUGUGAAACAUAUCAUGUUAAAACCAUCCACAUACACACGCAUGGACAGAGAUUACUGGAGACAGAAGGAGGGAAAUCACAGGGGCCAUCUAAUCCAAUUCAGAUGAAUAAUUGAUUCAGAAAUGGCCGAGCUUGAGGCUCAUCUUGACUAAGAGGUUUGUCUGCUCUGCAUGCUUUUAAAGGAGGCGUUGUCUGUUUUUUUUUUUUUCAUCCAGUGGUUCUUUUUUCAGUCAGAUCCCCAUUUGGCAGGCAACACGCGGAGCGUAAAGCACUCAUCCUACUGGGUAUUUACAAAAAGUACUGUUGUUCUCCCUGCAGGCAACAUCAAAAUUUUACAGAGCAACACAUUCUUGCAUGCAUCAAUAAUUUUUCAGGUGUCUCAGUAAACGUAGUAUUUAAACUUUGCAAAAGUAAAAAGCACUGUAGCUUGCUUUGAUACUCUGGUUAGAUUUUUAGGGGAGCACAGAAAAUGGUUAAUUAAUUUCUUCAUGAAUCCCGCAGUGUUACUGACGCUGUGACUUAAAAGAAAUAAACAGGUUAGCUUGUUAUUUUUGUGAUCAGUUACUGUAAGAUAAAUCACUGUUGUCGUUUCUAGGGAAACCCCUGAGACACUUUAAAAAAAUGAUUUAAAAUGUUUCAAAACUUUUAUGUUUAAAGAUAAUGAGAUGAUGUUGACCACCACAUAGUGUGUUUGCGCUGUUAGAGCGGAUCCUUGGUAUGUCACAUCCAAUACUGUGUGAUUGUUCAGUUUCUUAUGUUGAGUGCCAGCAGGGAUAAUUCAGAAUGUCUGCCAAGAUAAAUCUUAAAUUGAAAUCCACCUGAAUGUUCUGCCUGUGUGAUUUAAUAUCUACAAAGCUUUACAAGUCAAAUCUGUAAAUUAAGAAAAUAGCAUUUUGUUAAUUUUUUUUUACAAAAGGCAGUGAAGGAUGUCAUGGAGUUCAUUAGAAAAGUGCACUCUGUUCCAAAACCUAAUGAGCUGCCUAGCAAGACAUUUUAACAUAUCAUAGGCGCUCCUGACAGGAAAGCUGUUCCAAAUGAUAAGCUGGCAUAAUUUUGCUUGCAUCUAGCUUCAAUUAUGUAGACAGUAGAUAACAAGGCAGCUCACUAGGUAAUAACUUUAGUCCAGAAGUGGUUGUAAAUUGGUUCAUAAGCACUAAGUUUUUAUAUUAAGAAGGAAAGCAAGAAAGAAAACACUUUACAAUAAGGUUCUAAACAUUAACAUUAGUUAAUGCGUUAUAUAUCAUGAACAAACAGUGAACAAUCAUUUUUUUACAGCAUUUAUUUAUUUUUAUGCUAGUGUUAAUUUAUAAAUAUAUAAUGUUACGUUUAAUUUAAAAAGUAAAACGUAGUUAAAAUCUAUUAGUCUAUGUGGAAAUUAAAAUGCUCUAAAAGCACUGUUUUGUUCAUUGUUUUUUCAUGCUUUCAACUUUUGUGGAAGCUAACCUUAAUGUGAACAACCUUGUUGUAAAAUGUUAGUUAAAUAAAUGAUUUGCUGAUCAUGCAUAUGUUGGAUCUUCUGUUUCAGUGUUAGCAAAAGAAAAUGUAUGCAUUAUGUGGUUUGUUUGAAAGUGUUAUCUGCAUUAGAGUGCCAACAUGGCAUUGUUUUUUAGGUCUCUGUAAUCACAGGGUGUAUUCAACCCAUUGACCCUAAGAUUAUUCAAGAUUUAUAUAAAUGUCAUGUCGAAAAUUAAAGGUAAACUCAUUCUUAUAGGUAAACCUUAUUUUCAUCUGUAGUACUCAUUUGUUUUUUACUUUCCAUAUGGAUUGUGCACUUUAGCCUGUUCA